AUGGAUUCCCCGAAAAUUGUGCUCGGCCUUAAGGCAGAAAAACGCGGCACACAACAGACUGAGGAGUCCUCUGACGGUUGUUUCUUUUCAUCGAGCUCCGAAGGCGAAAAUCUUAAGAUAAGUAAACAAGUCCCUGUUUUUGCCUUAAAACCUCAAGAAAAGAAGAAGAAAAUCGUUGGAUUUUCUGAUGCCUCAUCACGGGUUACCAAUAUAUUAUCAAUUCUUGAAAAACAGAAAAUUCCUCAAAAAUAUUCAGGUCCUGUAUUCUUUAUUCCUGAAGAUCAAUUUUCUCAAGAAAAUCAGACAUUGAUUCAUAAAUAUGCAAUCAAGCAAAUUGACACUUUACCUCUAAAUCCCGACGACUUUGAUGACGUUUUCAGUGCACAGAUUGACAUAAUACACUUUAUCAGAGAUAAAACAUUAAACUUGCACAAAUACGAAGAUGUUUCAAUUGAUCCAAGAAUUACUUCGCUUAUUCAAUUUUUGAUUGCUUCAAUGGAGAAAGAUAAAGGUGUCUCUUGCUACUACUAUCUAACAUCACUGGAAGAAUGCCUUAAAUGCCCAUCGUAUGCUCCAAUUUCUACUAUAUUUCCCGAUUUUUCGAUCCAAGAUAUUAUAAAUAAAAUUGCAUUAGAUUUAGUUGCCUUAUUCCCGAGACAUCCUAUCUUACCUUCAGUUAUCCAUAAUUUAUCCACCUACUGUCCUGAAGCGAUUAAAGCCAUUGAUCUGAUAGAUCAAGAUACAGACGACGAAAAUAGCGAUUCGUUUUUUGAAUUUAUUAAAAGUAACAAGAUGAAAUUAUCAACCGCACCAACAGUAAUGACAAUCGAGGAAGAGGUCCAUGAAAACGUUUUAGAUUUUGCAAAUUGCCAAGCGAAAAUUGAGACUUUAGCAAUUGCUGUUACGGAGCCACCAGAAACUAUGACCUACAUAUUAGAUGACGAAGGUCAUUCUUCUUAUUCUGCAACUCAAUUUUCCGAAUGGUUGGAAUCCCUCAGACCAGUCAUCAGCAGUAACGAAUUGCCAAUGACCAACUGGAGGAGCAGCAUCGCAUACGACCCUACACUUCCUUACAUGUCCGCUCCGAUGUCUCUCCCGGUUGAAAACGUAACUGUACAGAGGAUGAUGACGAACAGCGCUCAUUACUAUAUUGGCUUAUAUAGCUACCUCGUCAACCAACAGAAACUUCUGAACGCACUCCCAAUGGAUCCGUCGGCAGAUUUCUUUCAUUUAUACUAUCCAACACUUCAAUUCUUAAAUCAAUCGACAAACAACCCAGUAACUAGAGGUUGCUUAUUUCCCAAUUUAAUAAUUUACGAACAUGAAGCACAUAACGCUAUGAUUUCUCACGCAGGCGAAAUUCAACAGUCUUACGAAAAACUUCUCGAAUUAAUACCGAACGAUCAGAUUGAACGCAAAUCGCUCAAGCCGAUCGCAAACAAAAGAAAAUUGCCGGAAUUAGCGGUUUCGUACUCAACAAACAUAGUUCAUUUACUGGCAGCAGCAGAUAUAGAAUUUAUUAUCGAUGGAAGGUCGCCGUUGACGGGUGGAAGAAUAUCCCAGCCUCCGUCUUUGAAAUCAGUAACUCAUCCUAUAUCAAUAAGGACACUUAGAGCAACAUAUCUAUACGAAGCAUACUCUACUAUGGAUUUACCACCUUUCUAUGCGUUUCGCGUAGGAUUUGGAGCUGCAUUAGCUUACAUCGACGUUGAUCCUUACGUUUCAUGUUCCAUAAUGUUCGAAUUAGUCUAUUUAGUUCACAAAGUCAUGGGGACAUUCAGUAGAACUCCGAUUAUACGUUCAAGUGUUCUCUUUUUUGCGGAAACAUUAGAAAGGUCAGAUAGGUACUACCAUGCAACAUUAGCUUUCGACAACUACUUUCUCUCAGAUAUAAAGGACACAAAUUCAUCAACAGCUAUUGCUCAAAUGGCUCAGAGAAAUGGAGAUACAAUAAGAGCGCUUUUUUUCUACACUUCAAGUCUUAAGACACUUAUACAGCAGUCAAAGAUAGAUGAAUCUCUCUACUUAGGACAGACAAUUGCUCAAAUUUACACAGAAAAUGGCAUGAUGCAUUUGGCGGUGUCACUUUUGUCAUUUUUAUUACGUAAACCAUACAAUUUAGCUGUUCGAGAAAAUUUCAAAAUCAUCGAUCCUCAAUUAAAAGGCACACAAAGACUGACGAGACCAUCAUUAGUUAGUUCUUUCCCUGAUUUCGUUCCAAGGAAGAACGCAAUCAACACGAUGCUCGUCUGUUGCUCUUACAUUGAUACUCUUAUAAGAAUGAGACACUACAAAGCAGCAGAAUACACAAUCGAAAGCCUCCAGAACGCAAUGGAAGCACCAGUCCUCCAAAAUAUAAUCGGAUACCUCAAGUCAAGGCUUUUCCUCAAAACAAAUAGAUACCAACAAUGCGUACAAUCUCUGCCAAAGCUGGACGUCAGACACAUGGCAAGAUCCGCUACUCAUAUUUCAUUGUUGAGCGGAGCGUCGUUUGACGCUUGCGGUGCGGUAGUUUCCAUGAUGAUGAGAGGUACACUCGACAGAAUGAUGUUCAGAGAGACAAUCGCUUGGUCAGAAUUCUUUAUUUACUUAAAAGGUACAUUAAGAGAGAUCGGAUGCGGUUACUUAUGGAGAGGUAUGGCAUUUUCAAUGGCAUACUUUAACUCUUCAAGCUUCCCAGAGAAAGUACAGUUCGAAGCAGAAUUAAUCGAGAAUCAGAAAAAGUUUUUAUCAUACAAGAAACCGACAAGAGAUUUCACUCUCAAUGAAAUAGCUUCUGAAGCAAUCUCUUGCUUUGUUGUCGCUAGGCAUUGCUUCGAAAAAGUCGGCUCAACAAGAAAAGAAAUUGAGGCCUCUCUCAAUUUUUGUGAUAUAAUUUUACAUCACUUUUUCGAUACAAAUCCAGUUAUCAAAAAUGCAUUGCAACACAUCGAUAAUCCAGAAAACAAGAGCACCUUCAAUUUAGAUAGUGAAGAAAAAGAAAUUAAAUCUCCAGAAGAUUUACACUUACAACAGCCAGCCCUUCUUACAAUUCCAGUUCAGAAACACUAUAAAGACCUUCCAAAACUCACAGAAAGAACCAUAAGCAGUGAAAAUGCUCUGGAUGAGUGUUUACGGUGCCUACAGUUCUGCGAAAAGAAUGCGAACAGACUUAUGUCAAUAACACUCAUCAUUUAUACUCAAGUUUUACUAGCAAAAGUCUAUUUCAUGCUCAAUAAAAUGGCCGAUUACAAAACUUACUUCGAUUUCGCAUUCACUACCAUCAAAAAGCUCUGUUUAGGACCACACUUUGUCCCCGUUAACAUUUCAACUUACGCUUUAAAGACAUUUGAGCACUCAAUGGAAAAUCUCGUUGAACUCUUAGCGUAUUCAGAUAAGGACUUCAUCAAUGAUCAUCUACUAAUAUUCGACCUACUUUCUGAUAUUAAAUGUCUAAUUGGAAACAGAUUGAGGAAUAUCGACACAGGAUUACCGACUCCCAUCUAUUCCUCGGCCGAAAUGGACUUCGAAGUUCUUUCUCUGAAGAAUCCUCGUCUGCCCAGUUUCGAAAAUGUCUUAGUUGAAUCCGGAUACGACAUAGACCAGACAAAGAAGUCGAUUGAAGCGAGGGAACGCUCUCUAGACAACCUCUUCUCAUGCAUCAACGCCAACAUCAGGCUGUACGAGACCCAGAAAAUUGACUCUGACACAGUUCAUAUCAGAAAUAGAGGUGUUUGCAAGGAAAUCCUCAAAACAAUCGAGUCCAUACAAGAGGCAAGCGAAGGAAAUAUCGCUACUGAUGUCAAAUUCUCCACUCUGCUCAGACAUAACAAAGCUUCCAGUAGAACAGUGCUGGUUCAGAGACUUUUCAACGGGAUUCUUGUUUACAUUCCAAUGACUGGUCAGAAGAGAAUCUGUAGAUUCAACGAUGGCCACUUUGCAACUCUCAAGUCGAUAUUAAUCGAAGCAAUGGGCUCCAAGAUCAAUUUCGACAUGACAGACAAUUUCCUUCCGAAGUCUUUCUUCGAGUGCCUUUUAGGAUAUGUCCUAGUUGACAAAAAAGGCUCAGCCGACAAAUUUAACAAUCCAGCUCUUUACCUUUCCACACUUUUGGACAUCAAAGAGAAAAUAUUUGGUGUUUUGCUCCGUAGUUGUACAAUUCUGCAGCAAGCAUUCCCUAUUAAAGACGAUGAACUUCCAAUUGACAACUCGUGGUUCUCCAAGAAGAAAGGAAGAUUCAUAACUGUUGCACCAUGUCCAGAUCUUUCAAUAAACUUUGUUGUCAGUCACAGUUUGCAAUCGUUACCCCUCGAAAUCAUGUUCAGAGAGAGUUUGGUCACAAGAGUAUCCAGUUUCACUUCACUUGUCCUCCCUCAAUCUCGUCGCAGCGUUGUCGGCGCACUGAAAGUGGUAGUUUACCGGAGAAUUGUCAAUGACCGGAAGAAAGCACGCUGGGAUGGCAUCCAACGCAGCGCAGAGAUUGUUAGAUCAGCUAUAUACGCGUUUGGCAGCGCCGAGCCAUCGAAACCUUAUGUUGACGAACUCGAGCGUACAUUGCCUUACAUCUUCCCACUUUUUUCAUCGAACAAGAACACAGACUACUACGCGAACAUCUUCAAGUUCUGCAAUUUCAGGGAGAUUAAGCCAAAUGCGACUCCAUCGCCAGAAUGCGGCUCAUUGUUGUACAUUUUCACUUACGCCGACUUGUGCGAGAUGCCAAUGCUCGUGGAGAGGAUAUUCAGGGAGGUCGCAAACGCAUUCUGUUUGUUUAUCCCAGCAAACCAAAUCAGAGCUGCAUUUGACAUCAUGAAAGACAUGUUUGAAAGACAGAAAUCGAGAAGCGAAUCAAAUGAUGCAAAUCAGAGAAAGAUAUUCAAACAGCAAGAGGAUUUCGUUUGCGCAAUGCAACUAACUUUGAUCAAAAUAUUACAAGUACCAAUUCCUUUGUUCUAUCCAGUAUCAGCAUAA